CUAGGCUACAACUGCCCCAACUCUUCAGUAAGUACUCCCAGGAUGAAACGAUUAGAUCUAAAUAAUUAGAUUAGAUUAGACUAGAUUAGAUUCAACUUUAUUGUCAUUACACAUGUACAUGUACAAGGCAACGAAAUGCAGUUUAGCAUCUAACCAGAAGUGCAAUAAGCAGAAAGUGCAGGAUAUACGGUAUCUAUGAUGUACAUUAUUUACAGUGGGUAAACAGCAGUGGUAUGAACAAGAUCUAUGAAGUUGAAUAUAUUAUUGCAUGUACUAUAAACAAGAUAUACAGCUAAAACAAUAUACAGAUUAAGGUGCAGAUUAAGAUUAAGGUGCUAUGGACAUGAUAGAGGAAUGUACUGUAUAUAUAAAACAUGGUAAACAGGUGUAUACGGUAUAUAUGGAAUUUAUGUACAAAUGAGGUAUGAGGUAUGUACCAAUGAUAUACCUAGCAGACAAAAGGAUGAAAAGGAUUGUAGUGCAACUAAAUAAAAUAAUAAAAAUCUAACAAAACGCUACAAUAACUUCAUUUCUUUAACGUGUUACUGAGGUUUGAACACUAGAUGACAGUAAAAACGCUCCUCAUGGACCCUGAUGUGGCGGAAAUGACGACAGAGGCGCGGAAAGUUUAAAUUCGUCCAAACAGAAGCGGCGGUUGAUGCAGUCAUACGUUUACCGUGAUAAUGAUGCUAAGCUAACAUGCUAAGUUGUCAACAAAUCGUGAACUGCGGUAAUGUCGGUGUGCUUUGUGCAUCACAGUGUUCCGUACAGUUACACAAUAUGAGAGCCAUGAUGGAGAACACCUUCCCAGUAUACAAAGUGGAUGCCAUUGUGCAGUUUUUUCGAACUGACGUGUUGACAGGCCAAGAGGCAAAACACUUUGCAAAAAGUGACAUCACUCCCAAUCCGAAGCCGGAGGUCAUCCAGCGACUCUAUAUGAGAAUACUGCAGCUUCUGUAUCGCUUCAGACCUGAGUGCCAUUACUUGGCACCUCUGUCUGAGAACAUUCAGUACCCGAUGUUACACGAAUGGGCCACACCGAUCAUAAGUGUUUACUUAUGCAUGUGUCAGUUUUUACCUAUGUGCCAUGUGUAUGACUUCUCUAUGAAUGACCUGCUUAAUCCUAAGCCCAAGAGAACAAUCACUAUUUUGAGUGGCAUCCAAAAUUUUCUGCACUUCAGAAAACAAAGGCUGGAAAUAAUUGCAGGUCACCAGCAGGGUUUUCGUGCCGAUAUGGAUAAACUUCAGGCAUCCACAAAAGGGAUUAAGGAUGCUGAGAAAAAGAUUGAGAAGCUGAUGACGAUCCCACCAGAGCAACAAGCAGAGGCUAAAGAACUGGCUACAGCCCUUACAGAUGUUAAAAAUGCUACCAUGCAAGUGUCUCAGCAAGUGAAUUCCAUUAAUGAACAGGUUGUCGAGUGCAAAACAGAAAUCGCAGAACGGACACAGAAACUGAGCCAACGGAAGCUGGAAGUGGCCACUCAGAAGGACGAGAUCGCCAAACUCAAGUCUCAGAUCGUGGAGUCUCCUGAGGAGCUUAAAAAUGAGAUGGAGAAGAUGAAGGAGAACAUAAAAAACAUCAAGAUCUCUAAAGAACUUGCUGAUGAGAGGCUGGUGGAGCUGCAGAUUAAGGUUCAGUGUGCCAGCCAUGGUGAAGCUGAGAUACAGGUUAUACUGAAACAGCUGAUCGACCUGCAGUCCAGCAUGUGCAAGACCAACCAGCAGAAGGAAGAGGUUCAGAGUCUGGUCGCUCUCUCGGAAUCACUGCAGAAGGAGCUGAAGAGCUUCAGUACUGAAGAGGCUCAGUUAAAACGGGGGCUGACGAUGAAACUGGACAAAGAAUCCAAGCAGCACAUCCGCCGUCAGAAAAAGAAAGAACUCAAAGACCAGCAUGUCCAAAGUAUACUCGGACGAUACGACAAAAUCCACGAGAAACGGGAGGAAAUUGUGGCGCGGAUCAAGAACAUCAACCGCGAGGCCACACAGUUCAAAGCAAAAAUGCAGAAGUUGCGUGAUACCUGCACCCAGAACACAGAAAAAGCCCAGGCUAUUUACGAUCGUCUGCUCACCACGUUGGAACAGUAUCACAAACGCCUUGAGAACCUGGUGCUGGAGGGCACUGCCGACAUCAUGAAAAUGAAAAGCAAUUUCUAGCCUCGUUUUCACUCCUAGAUUCUUUUCUUUUUCACGUGGUGUCUCUUUUUUGUGUUCCAUUCACAAAUAUCUCGUUGUUGUAUGUCAUUGUACAUGUCUGCCUUUAUUUACAAAUAAAAUUCUUAAUAUCGCUUUUGCAACUAAA